CACCAUAUAAAUAUAUCAAAGAGAAACCAAAGCCCCUGCAAGUUCCAAAUUCUACGUCUCGUUGCACCCUUUGAUCACAGUUUCUUCUUCUUAACCGAAUUCCCGUUGCCCUUCUUUAUGGUGUCUUUCUUGUUCUUUUAACAAAGAGUGAAACGAAAUCUCUUUUCCCAACUUCGGAGAACUCCAGAGGUUGCAACAAAAGCCAUGAGUUCAUAGUUACAACAGACAUCAGUUGAAGUCCUGGUCCUUUGGAAACAAGAAAAGGGUGUAGACUUUCGUGUUCUGUUAUAAGUUCUUCUGUGCCUUUGGGUUAAGAAAGGUUUGGUGAUUCUCGUUCUUCUUUCCAAGGCCCUGUUCGUAAAUCACGAGAUUCCUUCGAUUUUAUAAGAAUACUCUAUUCGUGUUAGAAAUCUUCAAGUUUUUGACUUCCCAGGAGGGAGGGGAGCCUUUGUUUUCUUCUUUUCUUCUUUGUCUCUUUUUGCUUCCAAUCAAGUGGUUGAUUCCCAGUCGCCCCAUUGGAUACGCAAUUGGUGAACACUGUGUAGACUUCCAACUCCACUUCUCCUCCCUUGGUUAUUCAUCGAAUUGGUUUUUCUAUUUAUCUUUUCCUUCACUUUCCCGAGAAAAUGAUGGACAUGGCGAAAAAUCCAAAGUUGGAUUUGGCAUCUUCCCACGAGGCUCGUGGGUCAGAGGAAAAGAUGUCCACACAAAAGAUAUCAGUCUCGGAUCAUCUUAACGGGUUUCAAUACACAACCGAUAAAUCCGAUAGCUUUGUUAUUGACAUGGAAAGUUUCUCCCAUGGAGGAGCCAAUAAAGAAAUCAAUCCGAAUUCAAGAAUUACAUUGCAGAGAAACCUUUCCCGCAAAGGGUCUCAGCGAGGCGACAAGAAGAUGAUUACUCCCAGUUGUACUAAUCCUAAUUCUUGUUCCUCUGUCAAUGAUAGAGAUUCUUUUGGUGCAACCUCCUCCCCCAAAGGGUCUAGCACGCCUGAAAAGCCCACGGCGGUGGUUGUAGGGUCCACCGAUCACACCAGCAACCCACAAGUUCAUCAUCAGAUCACCAUCACAACUGGCAGCAGCACUACUGCUGCUGAGAGCAGGUUUAGUUUGAGAAGAAAUAGUUUCAGGAGGCCUCAUCCCCCAUGGCAACUUGAUCCCAAGAGGAUUCUCUUCUUGUUUGCCACAUUGUCGAGCAUGGGAACAAUUUUGCUGAUAUACUUCACCUUGUCAAUUAGCAAAAUGAAUGGAGAAGAGAAUGCUUUAGACUAGUAGCAGUGACCAUACUUUCACCAACUUUGUGCUGAUUAAAAUAUGUUGCAAUUGCACACACAUGGGAGUUCAAUGCGUGACAAAGAGAAAUGGAUGCGAGUGGUUGAUUGUAAGAAAUGUCUUAUUUUUUCCGAGAAUUAUCCUGGUAGUGAAGUACAAAAAGAAAGUUCAAGAAAGAAGACAAAUUGGGGGACAGCAAAAACUAAUCAACCUUCCAUUAAAAUGGCUUCAAACAUGGCAGCUAUCAACUUUUUGAGGCUCUUCUCAGAGAAAGUUUUGGAGAUGAGGACAAGGACAUACUCCACUGUGACAAAGAGAUGGAAUCUGCCCUUCUUUUAAUUAAAUAUAUGUAUGGAAGAGAUCAAUAAAACAUGAUAUGCUUACCUUUUUGUGCUUUCUUUGUUUAUCUCCGCAGUCCACACAGGUCAAUGGAGGAUCAGAAAGUUACUUUUGGCCCA